AUGAACUCGAUUGGUCAGGAUUUGGACGUAUCGGAAAACUUCCCGGAUCUGCCCCCAUUUCCAAACCAUGUCACUACAGCGCCAUUACUCCGAAUUUCACUAAAGAAGCUGCUCGAUCAGAAUCCGGCCGAGCUGUCUAAACUGUAUGAUGCAUCUGUUGAUAUUGGCUUCUUCUACUUGGAUCUUCGAGAUGCCGAGCAGGGGCAACAUCUGCUGGACGAUGCAGAUGCCUUAUUUCAAGUAGGGGAGAGGCUCUUUGAUCUGAGCCUGGAAGAAAAGCAAGGAUACGACUUUAGCUCGCAAAAAUCUUACUUUGGCUAUAAAAGCCAGGGGGUGUCACCCGUUGAUUUGGAUGGUAACCUGGACCGUGCUGAGUUCUACAAUAUCUCCAAGGACGAUAUCAUGGGCAUCACAGAUCCGCUUCCGGCCCCGGAUGUGCUCCUCCAGAGUCGGGGCACAGCUCGAUCUUUCAUCAAAAAUUCCCAUGCGAUGGUCCGACUAGUUUUGCAAGUUCUCAACCACAAACUUGGCCUGCCCGAAGGCACGCUCUCCAGUCUACAUCGCCUGCAGAGCAAGAGUGCUGAUCAAAUGCGAUUUAUCAAAGCGCCUCCACAACCAGUCAAUGACCGCCGUGUUGCGUUGGGUGAGCACACGGAUUUUGGAAGCGUCACCGUUUUGUUCAAUCGACUGGGUGGUCUACAGGUGCUUCCUCCCGGUUCUGAUGCUGAAUGGGUCUAUGUGAAGCCACUUGCAGGCCAUGCGAUUAUGAGUCUCGGCGAUGCCAUGGUCAAGUUGACCAACGGUCUGCUCAGAUCCAAUAUUCAUAGGGUUACUGCGCCACCGGGUAUCCAAGGGGGCCACACACGGUACAGUUUGGUAUACUUUGCACGUCCUGAGGAUGAGGUCUUGCUUCAGAGAUUACAGGGCUCAGAUCUCAUUCCUCCAUUGCAGAUAGGGCAAGUUGAGGAAACAAUCAGCAGCAAAGACUGGGUCAUUCGACGGGCUUUCGGCCUUCGAGUGGAUUUGGUGAAAGACAUUGACUUUGAGAAGUCUGCCGGCACUGAACAGCUGAGCCGUCGAGUCAAAGUGUAG